UAUUCGACGUCUCUAUGGCAACAGAUACAAGCGUGUAGCGAAUCGAUUGCCAACACCUCCUUUUUAUGUUUGUUUGUGACCACACUGCACCGUCACACAGCAUGGGGGGGUCGGAUGCGUACCGUAUACGACCAAACCAUCAGGACAAGUUCAAACCAGCCAUUGUGAAAGAAUGCAUUGGAGAAAUUGUGAGGGAGCAUCUGUCUGGUGUGCAGUACGAGCAGGAGAAAGUCAAAGAGAUGUCUAAUUCACUAGCAGACCACAUUAAGGACAAAGUGAAGACUUUGGGAUUUGACCGGUAUAAGUUUGUUGUGCAGGUGGUCAUUGGAGAACAACGGGGUCAAGGAGUGAAGAUAUCCUCUAGGUGUUUGUGGGACGCUGACACUGACAGCUAUGCAGAAGAUGUUUUUAUGAAUGACAGCUUAUUCUGUUUGGUGGCAGUUUUUGGAAGCUAUUACUACUGAGGACUUGGAGCGUGGACGACAGAAAGCACUUUGAUGUGAAGAUARGAGAGGAGAGUUUGUGCGAUGGCACGCUGUCAGCAUUUCAUGUUCUGAAGUGCUGAUGUGCGUUACUGCGUGUAUCAGAGACAUCAUCCUCUUCUCUCCUGAACGCCACCUGUGCUGAUGUAAGGAUUUUUUAAAUGAAGGACCUCACCAUAAUUUA